AUGUCUGCUACUCAAACAGAGGUGCUCUUCCUCAACCGAAGAUCCUCCCGAUCCUCCACAAUAGCCUCCUCUCUCCCCCCUGCCUACGAAUCCGGCAGCUACGAGCUCAGAGCCCUCUCCACCACAUCCUCACGCUCCAGCGCUUCUCUUCCCCAAUAUGACUUCAUCGAUGCCUCGGGCUCAUCGUCUUCAUCACAACCAACAUUCCGCUGCACCAAGGCCUUCCAGAUUGAAACUCUCGGCCGCCCACUCAUCGCUCUUCCCCUCCCGCCUCGACCGGAUCCCAUCCCCGUAUACAACGUAGAUCUGUCUUCAGGAACCACUACAGAUCUUGCCUACGAGUCUCUGCGUCCACUUCGAUACUCCGGCAGCUGCAUUCUUAUCCGUGCUGGUGACUCGGAGGAGAAUCCCGUUUGUCGGACUACAUAUCGAUUUGGGCCUGGCAAGCCGCCUAAGAUGGAGCUUGCCGGGGUCUUGGCCCAUGAUGAGGAAUUUGAGGUUGUUAAUAAGGGGCUUACUACGCGAUCGCAAGUGUUCCGCACGCAUCUCGGUACGUUUCAGUGGCGAUAUGCGGGACGCGAUGAGAGGAAAGCUGCUGGAGCCAACAGUUUGAUGGUUCUGGAUCGGAUUAUCAUGGUGGCUCUUGAGGGCGGCGGUCAAGAAGAGAAGAGGAUUCCGGUGGCGCAAUUCCUGAGGAAUGAACAAGUGAGGACACAGGGGUCGAGGGCGUCGACGGCAGGGAAUGGAGGCAGGCUGAUGAUGAAUCUGAGGGAGUGGGAGGGGGCCAAGGGGGAAGCAGAGCAGCUGGAGGUGUUGGUGGUGGCAAGCUGCUUGAUGAUGCUGAAGAAGGAGGUUGAUAGGAGGAGGAUGCAUCAAGCUAUUGCUACGGCAUCUCUUGUCUGCUGA